AUGGCGGACCGUGAGACCCCCCGGCUGGAUGACUUCACGCUGCUGAAGGUCAUUGGGAAGGGCUCGUACGGGAAAGUGAUGCUGGUCCGCCACAAGGACGACCCAGAGGAGACCGUCUACGCGAUGAAGAUGCUGCGGAAGGAGAACGUGAUCAAACGCAACCAGGUGGAGCACACGAAGACGGAGCGGAACGUGCUCGAGGCCGUGUCGCACCCCUUCAUCGUCACCCUGCACUACGCCUUCCAGACGCCGAAGAAGCUGUACUUCGUGCUGGAGUACUGCCCGGGCGGGGAGCUCUUCUUCCACCUUAGCCGCGCAGGCCGCUUCUCGGAGGGCCGCUGCAGGUUCUACGCCUCCGAGAUCCUGCUGGCCAUCGAGUACCUGCACAGGACCGGUCUAUGCGGAUUCAGCAGCAAGGGAUUCAGCUUCGCGUCGAAUGCAGUGUCGGGGGAUGCGGUGAAGCUCUGCCAUGUCUCCAAGCCUGCUUCCCCAUUCGACUCGCCUGGUGUGAUCGCUUCCGCGUGCCACUUCACCCAAAUCGGUCUCGGCGACAAGCGUCAGUCGAUUGUGGAUGAGGUGAUGGGCCACUUGAGCCUUCGACAAGUCCGUGCCUCCUGCGUCGGAGGGUGCCCCGCCUUGGGCUGGGUGGCUUACGCAGAACAUCGCCUCGAUCCUGCGCGCGGGUCAAUCUAG